UUACACUGCGUCUGUCCCCCUGGCUCCUGACACACACACACACGCACACACUCUAACACUUGCAUGCGUUAUACAAAGGGACCCACUGGGUCUUUAGACCAUGGUCCUUGAACCUAUGUUAUCUGAUCUUCUUCUACAUCCUAUAUAUUACAUAACAGAGCCCUCCAACAUGCAAGGGAAGUAGUGCAAAUGUGAAAGAGGAAGGGGCCUCGUCGUGGAUGCAGAACCAGCCGAAUAGCGUUCAGUUUUUGUUUGCUCCUCAACGACCUGCAGGAAAUCUCUCCUUCUGGACUCACCGGGCGGGUGGUGAAGAGUGAAACAUGCAACGAUGCGGGGGAGGGAACAAGAUUCUCUACGGGUUGACUCUGGCCACGGGGAUAGCAGAGUGCCUCGGUUUUGCCGGCUUGGUGUUUGGGUUUGCCUCUCUUGUGUUUGUGCUGAAACAAGAUGGGUACUUCAGUCAAAUGUGUGUCAACGCCACGGCCGCAAACAACACAAGCUAUACAGACUGCAGUGGGCAAGAUGAGCACUUCUCUCUGGUCUUUACCAUCGCCUCGUUCCUCAUCGCCUUUCUGAGUCUGCCAAAUGGCUACCUGUUUGAUCGCUUCGGUACCAUGGUAACCAGACUUCUGGGAAUAUCCCUGUAUGCCAUUGGAACUCUGAUCAUGGCCUUCUCUAGUGCAGCGUACUCUUUGCUGCUGUUUGUGGCCUUUCCCUGCCUUGCUGUUGGAGGGAUUAUCCUCCUCCUAACCAACAUGCAGAUCGGCAACCUGUUCUCUGCCCAUCGUUCCACCAUCAUCACCAUCUACAACGGGGCCUUCGACUCCUCCUCCUCAGUCUUCCUCAUCGUUAAGGUUCUGUAUGAGCAGAACAUCUCUAUCCAGACCUCCUUCCUGGUCUUGUCCUUCUGCAGCAUCAUACACCUUCUCAGGACCUUCCUGUUGAUGCCCAGAACACACAUCCCGUACAGCCCUCCCAGUGACUACAGCUACGGACUGAGAUUCGGAAAGUCUGACGCUCGCGACAAGGAGGAGACAGAGAAGAUGAGGCAGGUAGCCACGGCAACCGGGUUGGCAGAGCUUGACGAGAAUGCGGAUGCACAGGGACAACUUGAGAACAUCUCUGAAGAAAAAGUGCCCAGCUUCCGGAGCUGUGUGCAGUCCUGGUUCUUCCUUUGGCACCUGCUGUGGCUGUCCCUCAUGCAGCUCCGGCACUACCUCUUCAUCGGCACGCUGAACCCGACCCUGAACCGCCUCGCCAACAACGACCCCGCCCUUGUGAGCCAGUUCACCAACGCCUUCGCCAUCACUCAACUCUGUGGAAUCCUGUGUGCCCCCUGGAACGGUGUCCUCCUAGACAGACACAAAGGAAAGCCCCGGGCCCCAGGUGAGACGGAGCGGGAGGCAGACCUGCGCUCGGCGGUGGUGUCCCUGUUCGUGACGGCGCUGCAGUGCCUGCUGUUCUCCGUGUGCGCCACGGUGCCCGUGCUGCCGCUGCAGUACCUGACCUUCGUUCUGCAGGUGCUGAACCGCUCCUUCCUGUACGGCGGCCACGCCGCCUUCAUCAGCAUCGCGUUUCCAGCGUGUCACUUCGGUAAGCUGUACGGCACGGUGAUGAGCCUGUCGGCCCUUAUCUCCCUCCUCCAGUACCCCUGUUUCACUCUGGUCAAGAACUCACUCAACGGAGACCCUUUUUACGUGGAUAUUGCGUUGACUUUCCUUGUGCUGCUAGUCUUCAUCCAUCCCCUGAACGUAUUCCUCCACUGCAGACGAAUGAGUCGAGAGAGACAGAAAAGACCGCCCGUCAAUCUGGGUCUUUUAACGGAGGCAAAGACAUAGAGGGGGGAAAUGGAUCACGUAUUUUUGUAUGCAUGUGCUAUAGUCCUGGUUUUUAUCCUUAUAUAUAGCAAGUUUUUUACAAAUAUCUUGGUACAGCCAGAACAAGCCAAACUAAUAAGAAAGAUCAGCAUACCAAAAUGUCGUUUGUACUGUGUUUUAAAGUCGAUUUCAAAAGGAAAAUGAUUAAUUCUUGAAAAAUAGAUUAUUUUUUGUGCGCUUUAUUUGUUAUUCGAGUACAGAGUUUAAUAAAGUUUUUUGUAACAACAAAAAUAUAUUCUCGUAUCACUUCAAUACUAUCAUCUCCUUGGUAGCCUAAUGUUGUAAAUAAUAUCAGACAAAUUAGUGACAGAAUCGUAAAAAUACAAAAGAGGUAAUACAUUUUGGAAUCGUCUUAACUUCUUUCUCAACAAGCCAAAUCCAAAAAUAAACCAAUCCAGCUUCUCGAA